AGCCAAGCAUGUUUCGUAGUGAUGAAAAGAAUUAAGAUGCAACCUUGAAACAAAAUAAGACCCUAAUUGGCGUGCUGUUGCAGGGAUGUGCUGGCAAAAGAAUCGGGAGCAGAAUUUCGAUCUCCCACGCAACCAAAUCUUCACAUGCUUUCAUACGUACGUAAUACAAAAAUUAUACAAGCAACUAACCAUAAAUGGUGAUGUGAAUCUGGAAUAGCUUCAUUAGGCCCCUGUAUGCUCACUAUACAGUGCAAUACUUCUCUACUACAAGCAAAGAGCAGAAAGAGUAAAGAUGUCGGAUUGGGGGCCGGUGUUUGUGGCGGUAGUGCUCUUCGUGCUGUUGACGCCCGGUCUGCUGAUUCAGGUACCUGGUCGCAACCGGUUCAUCGAGUUCGGCAACUUCCAGACCAGCGGAGUUUCCGUACUGGUGCAUGCCAUUCUUUACUUUGCUCUCAGUUGUAUUUUCCUGUUAGCGAUUGGUGUGCACGUGUACAUGGGCUAACGACGACCACAUUCCUUCUUUCUAUGCUGCCCUUUAACUUCCAUUAACGUUGACGAUGCUGUUGUUUGAUUUUCUGGUUUUUUGAGCCCGUGGAAUCUUAUUUUUGUUCCAUGUGUUAUGGCUUUGUUCUCAUUCGAUAAUAUGCCUGUGAGGUUUCAGGUUUUCA